AUGGGGGAAGCUAAGGUCAUCAAUAGGAUCAUUAUGGACUAUUCUUUGUUCUCUAGUCAGAAGGUCAAUCGGGCCAAGUCUAAAAUUUUCUUUCUUAAUGUUUCCCCGUUGGUGCAGUCCAGGUUGACUCAUUUUUGGGGUUUCUUUGUUGGCCAGUUCCCUUGUAAGUAUUUAGGUAUUCUGUUUUCUACUGGUUCAGAGAAGCAUAAUUUUUGGGAACAGAUUUCGAGGGCCAUUUCUUCAAGAAUACUUUCUUGGUCUCAUAAGUGGUUAUCUUUUUCAGGAAAAAUUGUGCUUAUUAAAGCCAUUUUAAAUGUGGUUCCCAUCUAUCUAUUAUCUGUUCUAAAGGCUCCUAAGAAAACUAUGAUUGCUCUACAUUCAGUAUUACGGUCUUUUAUAUGGAAUGAGAACGUUAACAAGAAAGGUAGGAUCCCUCUAUUGGCAUGGGAUAGGAUUUGUGCUCCGAGAGAUAAAGGGGGUGGAGGGGUUAAGGAUAUUGGUAAGCAGAAUUUGGCCCUUGGUGAUAAGUUAGUUUGGAAGCUAUAUAAACAACCCUCUUCUAAGUGGGCAUCUAUUUUAUUUGCAAAAUAUUUGAAUAAUGGUUCUAGGGAGGCCAUUUUUACUGCUUCUUCGCUCCCUAAAGGGUCUAUAAUCUGGAAUUUCAUGGUUGAGUGCAGAUCUGUCAUUUUUCCAGGGUUGUCCUGGCUUGUCCAUAAUGGUCGAAAGGCCAGGUUUUGGGAGGAAAUCUGGAAUGGUUUCCCUACACUUUUUAGCCUUAGGGAUUGGUCACCUCUUAUGUCUUCCCUCAAAUCUUCUUGGGGUAUAUUUGUGGCUGAUUAUAUUUGUGUGGAUUCCUCGGGCCUCUUACCCGUGGCCAAAUGGAAAUCAAUUGAUUCUCUUCCGGUGGACCAAGAUAUUAAAUCUACAUUUGUGGAGGAGCUAAAUAAACGUGUUAAGGGAUAUGAUUUGCCAUAUAAGUUAUUUUGGCAUGCUGCCUGCCUUCCAAAAGCAGGGGCUUUUGCUUGGAUUUUUAGGAAGAACUCUUCCACUUUGCAAGAUGUGCUCUUCUGUAUAGAAAAAUUGAUCUCCGAGACUGUCUUGGCCUUCAUUUACAAGGGCAUUAGUCUUCACAAUACUUUUACACCAUGGGACAAUUGGAUUACCAAGCAUUGGCCAGCUUUACAGUCGCUCCCUUUGAUUGGGGCCAUUUCUAAAACAAGGUCCUCAUUAAAUAGGAAAGAGGUGGUCUGGUUGCCUCCCUCGGCUUCUAAGUACAAGUUGAACUUUGCUGGAGCAUCCCGUGGUAACCCUGGGAAAUCUGCCAUUGGUAUUGUGGUUUCUGAUAAUAGGGAUUGUAUUAUUAAAGCACAAUGUCAGUGUAUUUCUAAUGGGACUAAUAAUGUGGUUGAGCUUCAUGCUCUUUCUACUAGGCUUGAUCUGCUCCUUUCAUUGCAUUUGUUGGAUGUUGUUAUAGAAGGUGACUCCCAGGGAAGCCAACAAGGUGGCGGACUUCCUGGCCAAUAA